CUUUUUUGUUCAGUGAUAAAUUAUUCACUGCUCCUGCUGCCAAAAGUAUGUCAACAAAAAUGACUUUAUAGCUAUUGACUGCAGGCAGAAUAGAAGAAAAGCAACUUAAAGCAUGGAGGCUUCAAGUUCUGCUCAUGCAGGCACUUCCCCCUCUACUCCCACACUCCCCACCUCCCUUACUCCCUCCUCUCUGGGCUACUUGCAGUUCUUCUGGGAGUACCAGGACAAUUCUGUCCUUGUGGAGCAUUACAACUACACCGGCAAGCUGCAGAAAGACCGCUACCGUGAAGGGCUCAAACCUGAGGGCAUUGCGUUCGUGGUGGUGUGCCUCCUCAUUGUCCUGGAGAACGCUGUGGUUCUCAUCGCCAUUUGGAGGAACAAGAAGUUCCACCUGCCCAUGUAUUACCUGCUGGGAAACCUGACUCUGUCUGAUCUGCUGGCUGGGAUUACAUACAUGGCCAACAUCAUCAUGUCAGGAUCUAAUACUUUGAAACUGACUCCAUUGCUGUGGUUCCUCAGGGAGGGAGGGGUAUUCAUCACUCUGGCUGCCUCUAUAAUUAGUCUGCUGGCCAUUGCAAUUGAACGUCAUGUUACUAUGGUGACUAUGAGGCCAUAUCAUGGGGCAAAACGGGGACGGAUGUUGGCACUGAUUGGUGCAAGUUGGGCCCUGGCAGGGUUUUUGGGGGUCCUCCCAAUUUUGGGAUGGAACUGCAUCCACAGACUGGACCAGUGUUCAACAGUCCUCCCGCUUUAUGCCAAGAGCUACAUCCUCUGUUGCAUAUCUGUGUUCAGUGCAGUGCUCCUGGCCAUUGUGGUCCUCUAUGCUAGAGUCUUUCGGAUUGUCCGCACCAACACGCAGCGCCAGCGGCUGGGCCUUUCAGGCAGCAUGAGGAAGGGCUUAGCAAGGAAGUCAGAGAAGUACAUAGCCCUCCUCAAGACAGUCACCAUUGUGCUAGGUGUCUUCAUCGCCUGUUGGCUGCCCCUCUUCAUCCUCCUCCUCUUGGAUUUUUUCUGCCCCACCCACAGUUGUCGGCUGCUCUACAAGGCUGAUUACUUUCUGGGAGUAGCCAUGGUCAACUCGCUCCUCAACCCCAUCAUCUAUACACUGACUAGUAAGGACAUGAGGAGAGCCAUUCUGAGGCUGCUCUGUCGGCCAUGUCUGAUGACCAGAGAUGGCCAGGUGAAGAAGAUUGGGAUGCCAUUCUUGGAGUGCAGUUUCAGUAAAACUGAGGUUGCAUCCCAUAAAUUAGAGGCAGGAGCAGAGACAACCAUUUCCUCUGGGAACGUUAUUACCACUCCAUCUCCUGUUAAGGCCCUUUACCCCAAACUCUUCAAGCCAUAAGGACUUAAACUGACUGAUUGAGACCAUGAGUGUGUGAAUGGGUUUUCCACUGAAUGGAGAACAUGUAGCACAUCUUCAAUAGAGAUGAAGCAGUUCUGGCAUUCUCAAAUGUCUGGAAAUAGAAGGUGUUUAUAAAAUAUUACGUAAGCACACCGUGUGUUGUGACACGUCUCACCUCAAGUGACACAGUUACAAUAUUAUAACCACAUCAAAGAACUUCAUUGGUAGAAGGCUACAAACCAAAACGCUAUAAGGACGCAGCUCAAAUGUGAAAAAGCUAAUAGAGUCUCCUUAAACUAAUUUGCACUGAAUGGAGAAGCAGACUUGGAUUCAAUUUUCCUGCGGUUCUGCAGUUUUUCAAGAAGCCUGGAAGGAGACUUCCUGAAACCCAAAGACUCUUGUGACUGAAAAAAAUGUAAAUGUUACAUUCUCGGCCAGACUUGCUGGGUUAAUGGUGACCGAGUGCAGUUGGCUUUGUCCUUUUUUGCAGUUUCUUAUUGAAGUGCUUUAGAUAUAGCACACAAGUCUAACAUGUGCUUGUUAUCUGUGCAUCUGCAGGCACCUGGAUUUCGCUGGUUCGAAGGCCAAUGGUGUGCUAGAUUUGGUCAGAUAAAAUCAUGUAGAGCACCCCUACAUAUAUCUGUAUAUGUGACGCAGGGAGAGUUACAGGGAGACCGACAGAUAACAGGAAAGAGAGAUGUGGCAAACCUUUAUCUGUUCUUACAAAUGCAGCUCAGUGAAGAAUGCUGUAGCAUAGUUGUGAGAAGGAGGCACAAAAUCAAAAUCCCCCAUGGUUUUGAAAUGAUGCUUAACCCAUCUGAUACAGUGGAAAGUUGUUGGGGUUGUGUCUGAUUGUUUGACUGUUAGUGUGGCAUCCGCAGAAAAACUCGAAUGUCAUCAUAUGAUGUGAUAAACUGACAAAAAAGGCAACAAAAAGGGUGUUUAUUUCCAUCAUACCAUCCUAAUAGUUUAACUUUGAACCAAAUCACCUGCAAUUGCAUCACUUGUAAGUAUAAGCCCAAUAAACUGUUACUUCAAAGAUCUGUAUUUCAUCUUACAAAUGUUUUUUUGUGCAGUCUAUCCAGACCUUAAUUGAUCAAUGAGUCAUUGUUCUUUAUUUGUACUACAAUUCAUGUAGUGAACUUUUUAUAUUUCCGAAGA